AUGGCCGGUCGAAAGCGAAUCGCGACGAGGUCUAGCACCCGGAGGGGAGCUGCAGCGACCGCGCCGACUGGGGGAGAGAUCUACCAGGAUAUGCUGGCUGAGGCGGGCGUGAAUCCUCCGGAUCAAAGCUCGCCAGAACGGCCUCUGAAGCGUCGCCGUGCUGGCACUAGAGGGACAGCGGUAGUGACCGAAAAGUUGCCCGAACCUGCUCCUCCUCAGCCAGCACCGGCUCACAAUGAGGAGGAGGAGGAAGAAGACGAGGAUGAGGAUAUCGAAUUUCAAGAUGUAGUCCUGCCGGAACCGACCAUGCAAACGAUGGAACUUGAGUCAGACGACGAAGACGACGAAGAUGAAGACAUCAUGUUUGAAGAUGUCGACUUCACUGCGCCCAUUCAGGACUCGGCUUCAUCACAGGAACCCAAAACCCUGGAGCUCAAUCUCACGGCCCAUCAAUCAUCUACAGCGCAAGGGAAGAAGGCUGCUGAGAGACGCAGACCAGUCACCCGAGAGGAGCGCAUACUUCGGAAAGAUGUCCACAAAGCUCAUCUCCUCUGUUUGCUAUCUCAUGUCGCGCGCCGCAAUCACUGGUGCAACGACGGCAAAGUGCAGGACUAUUUGCGCCCACACCUGACGGAUAAGAUGGUUAACUACCUCAAUCCUGGGACAAACCUAUCGCAGUUUGGACGUACCGAGAGUCUAAAGAAUGGGUUGAAACAGGCUGAAGGUGUUUGGAAGACGAAAUUCGAGGUUACGGAGAGGGGGCUUCGAAGGGCGCUCUGGGCUGAGGAGCUAGACCACUUGAAAGAUUAUGAGCCUCCGAGCGACAUGGAAUCAUGUCUCGAUCGCCAAGACUUUCGCGAAGCGGCAAAGAAGCUGCAAGGUUCCCGGGAUGUCGGUGCCCAGCUGUAUUGUGCGCUUCUCCGAAGUGUGGGAGUGCGAGCACGGCUGGUCUGCUCCCUUCAACCUCUGGCGUGCACCUCUGGAGCCCCGACACUGCAAAAACCAAAGCCUUCAAAGGCGUCGGCGAAAGCUGCAAAGAAUGAGCAGGUCAAGGCCACAAUGGCUAAGUACCAAGAUAUGGCUAACGCUGGAUAUGGGUCACCUUCAGGCGGCUCAUCAGCGCGCCGACGACUCGGCCAUCCAAAUGCAACUGCGUACAAUUUUACACCAAAAGCCGCUCCAUCGAGACCUCAACCGACGCUUGAGACACGCAAGCGUAUUAAAGAAUCGUCCUAUCCGGUGUAUUGGGUUGAGAUCCUCGAUGUCGGGCACCAGAAAUGGCAGCCGGUAGAUGCUGUGGUCACCAACACCUUUUGGAAACCCAAAGCUCUGGAACCUCCUAUCACUGACAAGGAGAACUUUUUGUCAUAUGUGGUCGCUUUUGAUGCGGACGGAACUGCAAAAGACGUAACAAGGAGAUACGCGAAAGCUUACACUGCAAAGACACGGAGAUCAAGAAUCGAGACUGUCUCUGAGGGCGGUGAGGCUUGGUGGAGGAAGGUCAUGAAACUUUAUCGGCCUCGGCGAAGAACGGACCUCGACCAGAUUGAGGACAACGAACUCGCGGGUAUCGAGGCUAGAGAACCGAUGCCGCGAAAUGUACAAGACUUCAAAGACCAUCCGGUUUAUGCCCUGACACGGCAUCUGCGUCGUCACGAGGUACUCGUCCCAGAUGCCACACCCUCAGGGACUGUUGCGACGAGUAGUCGAGGCAAGCUCGAGAAGGUUUACCGCCGAAAAGACGUCCGGAUAGCGAGGACGGCCGAUAAGUGGUUUCGUCUUGGCCGAGAGGUCAAACCCCUGGAAAUCCCGGUGAAGUGGCUGCCCAAGAAAGCUCGACCAAAGAAUCCCUUGGACGAAGAGGACGAAGACGAUGCACAGGGAGAAGCUGGGACACCGAUUUACACGGAGGAACAGACCGAACUCUACGUGCCAGAACCAGUCCGCAACGGCCGGGUCCCCAAGAACAAGUUUGGCAAUAUUGAUGUCUACGUGCCCAGCAUGGUUCCUCCAGGGGGAGUCCAUAUCAUCCACGAAUAUGCAACGCGAGCAGCGUUUCUGGCUGGGGUUGAUUACGCACCCGCUCUCACGGGGUUCCAGUUUAAGGGUCGACACGGAACAGCCGUGUUAAGCGGUGUCGUAAUCGCAAAGGAGUACGAGGAAGGCGUGCGAGCAAUCAUCGAAGGUCUAAGCGACUUGGAGCAACAAGUAGAGGACGAAAGGAGGAAACACCGUGCGUUGAGGGCGUGGAGAAAGUUCAUGAUGGGGCUUAGAAUCAGGGAGCAGAUCUGGAGCGGAGUAGAUGCAGACGAGAGGAGGGCCGCCGACGACAAGGCCGCCAGGGAAGCUCAGCUGGACCAGGAGAUUGAGGAUGCGCCGAGCGAUGUCACCGAGGAGUUUGAUAUGGCUGACGACAAUGACAUGGGAGGUGGCUUUCUGGUGGAGUGA